UGUUGCUGCUGCCGGCGAGUUGAAUGAGGAAGAUGGCAGAGUCGGAAGAAGAGGUGGACGUUUUGGUUCAGAGGGUUGUCAAAGACAUCGCCAACGCGUUCAGGAGGAACCCCAACAUUGAUGAAAUUGGAUUGAUUCCGUGUCUUGAAGCUCGGUACAAUCGGAGUCCUAUAGUUCUGGUGGAAAAUAAGCUUGGUGUAGAAAGCUGGUGUGUUAAGCUUCUUCUGCCCUGUGUCCACAGCAAACUUGUUCUCUACAGGCAAAGAAAGCUGUGGUUAGACCGGGAUGCACUGACUGAUCUCACUUGUACUCUGCUGCUUCUAAAUCCAGACUUCACAACUGCCUGGAAUGUCAGAAAGGAACUGGUGCAGUUGGGAGCUUUAGAUCCAUUUAAGGAUUUGUAUCUCGGAAAAUUGGCCUUAACAAAGUUCCCUAAAAGUCCAGAAACUUGGAUUCACAGACGUUGGGUCUUUCAGAAGGUCCUUCAAGAAACUUGCCUUCAGAAUUCAAGGAAUAACACCAACGUAGGAAUCCUGUCUAUGGAACAAAUGCAUCGAAUAAUCCAGGAUGAGAUGGCUGUCUGCUCUGAUGCUGCUGGAAGGUAUCCAAGCAAUUACAAUGCCUGGUCCCAUCGCAUCUGGAUCCUUCAGCAUGUGGCUAAGUGCAAUCUUAAGAUCCUCCUUGACGAGCUGUCGAACACCAAGUACUGGGUGUCCACGCACGUCUCUGACCAUAGCGGUUUCCAUUAUCGCCAGUUCCUGCUGAAGUCUGUGGCGGGCAGUUGUAGAAAUGCAGCCAUUGCAAACGCUGGGGUUCUUGUGAGGAAGUCCUCCAGUAAAGAGCUUUGUGCUGGUCUCUCCAUGCACGCGAAGGAGGACGGCGCACUGGCAGAGACACACACCGUAGACGUGCCCCUCAUGAUUGAAGAGGAAAUGGAGCUUUGCAGUGACCUUAUUGAGUCAUACCCAGGCCAUGAAGCUCUCUGGAGUCACAGGAGGUGUGUUUUUUACCUUUGGCAUUGCUGGAAUAGAGAAUGUCUUCAGGUCUUGUCUGACCCCAGCAAGAGGAGCGAUGGAAUGGUGGACAAUGCUCAGGUGGCCACUUUGGACAGUUACUCUUUUCAAGGCAUGGAUGUUGAUGGUGUGGCUGACACAGCCAAGCAAGGCUACACACAGGAAACCAAACGCCUCAAACGUGGCCCUUCGCUAGACUUGAACAGCUUGCUGGAAGAACACCGAUUCAUUGAUACAAUCCUAGCCCGUUGCACUAAUUUAGAGCAAGCCAGAUUUGCUAGUGCUUACAGAAAAUGGUUAGACAUGGCUAUAGGUCAGUAGUUAAGUCUAAUUCCGAUGUUUUUAAAUUGGUCUUAAAUCCCAUUUGCUGACACACUAUUGUUUUCAGUAGCUACAUUGCAUGGCACCUUUUUUUUGAAGGGAACAUUCAUUCCUGUGUUCAAUUUAAGGGGUGUAUUCACGGGAACCUUUUCUAAAAUAAAGCUACAUUUUGUGGAGGUUUGUUCAACAGAAGCAAACUUGCAAAUUGAAAUGUUACAUAUUUUCAAAUUUCAGUGUUAGAGAGGGACUUCUCACUGUAAAUAUGAAAAUAUCUGUCUAACAUUGUAAUUAUCCAUUUUUAUCUCUACACUUAAAUGAUCAAUCAAAUGGAGUUCUGUUGUAAAUGUAGCUGUGAAAAUGUUUGGUUGUUUUCCACACCUCCCCAAGCAAGAAAUCAGACUUGACAAGUUUUAAUUUUCAUUUCGUUUUGGUUUAAUCCCAACUGGUUAUGCAAAGGUUUAGUUUCACUCAUCACCAUGCUAUUUACAUUCAGAAUAAAGAAUGGUUAUUGUUCAGGAGUCUAUUUUGAAUAAUUAAAUAAGUAAGCAGCAUAUGAUCUAACUGCAAGUCCACAUCACUGGCUGAAUGCCUAACUUGCAUUGUGAACAGUUUCAACUGAAAAUUAUUGGGUGAUCUGGAUAAAGUAUUGGUCAUCUAACCAAAAACAGAGCAUUUGGAUAAAUGGGUCUUUCUCCAGUUGGGAAACUGCAACUAGUCUGGUCCUACAAGGAUCAGUACUCGAACCUUGAUGAUUUACAAUCUGUGUCAGUGACCUAUAUGAAGGAAGUGAGCAUAUUGGAGCCAAACUGGCUUCUGUUACAAAAGGUGGGUAGGUUAGCAAACUGGGGAGGAUAGAAGGGUGUGGGAUGUGGUUUAGAUAGAGCAAGUGAAUGAGCAAAUACUUGGUGAAAGUUAAUAUUGAUGAAUCUGGGAGCUUGUGCACUUAGACAGGAAGAAUAAAACAGUAAAAAUUCUCAACCCAAGAGAUGCUGAGACUGGGUCCUUAAAGAUAUUCAAGGCUGGCUUGGUUGGAUUUUUAAACAGCAGGGAGGGUGGGUUUUAUGAUGAAUAGGCAAGAAAGUGUAUCUGAGGAGAGCAUCAAUUUUAUUGAAUGGCAGAGCAUUUGAGAGACCAGAUGGUCUACCCUUUCUUCUCUGUUUUCAAUUUCUUCGCCUUUAUAAUCUAACACAGAGAUGACUUUUUAAACACUAGGUUGUGUUGGCAUGUUGCAUGUUGAGAUCUGCAUUUUUAAAAAGAAAACUGAUCUCUACAGGUAAUCUGUUGCUGCAGCAGCACAUAUCUCUUUGUAGAACAGUAUGGUGCUAGUGUCGGCUCCAUUAUAUGUGGCAUCCAAGUUUCCAAUUUCACUUUUCUCCUCAGGUGAUGUAUUUUUGCGACUCCUUUUUAAGGCUGUUAUAACUGAUCGUAUUCAAAGUGAGAUAUUAUUGUAUAAAGGAUUGCUGUUUGCUAAUGCUUUAGCUAUGGAGCAGAAAUUUCAAGGGGACUGGGGUGGAAAGUGUGUGCCCUCUCCCCUCUUUUUUUCCAGUAUCUCCACUGCACCCCCGCCUUACCCCCCUUACCUGAAGAAAAUUCAGCGACAAACUGACAGACGCAAAACUGCACUUCAGGACUGCAGCUAGAUCCCUGCAGGAGACCUUGGGGAUCCCCGGACUCAUGCCAGUUGCUAUGUGUUUUUUUUCUAUGGGGAGUGUGGGGAGCGGGUUCCUCCCUGAUCUGCGAAGGGCAGCACCCUUCCCACUUGCCACUCUAUAAACUUUCCAGAACACAACUAAAGAGCUUCCCAU